AGUGUACGACAUGUGUGGCAAGUGGCAUGUGGCAAGUGUGGGUGGACCAAGUAGGCGCUCCUGUCACUCCACAGCAACGAGUUAUGGGAUUCAACAAAUGCCAUUUCCACAGUCCGAAAUCACCAGUCAAGCCGUUCAAGUCCUAUUCGAAUUAUUAUUGUAUUUUUUUUUGUGAGACCGAACGGUAACCGAUCCACAAAAUCCAAAAAUUUCAAACAAAAUUUCAAGUCAUAUUUUGGUUUCAAAAUUCAGGCAAUAGGUUUCCAUUUUUUUUUUUUUUGAGAAAUCAUGACAAAAUCCAAGCUACAAACUCUGCCGAAGACCGAUCGUCGCCAGAGACCGUCUCCCGCAAAGUCUGCCCCAAGAGGCCCCAAGAAGAAUUCUUCGUUUCGGAAAAGGACAGCAGACGGCAUGCCGAGGACCAGCCCGAAGAUGCAAUCGAUGCCAAGUGCCGCGAAGAAGAUGCGAUCGAAGAAGCCGAUGAUGAAACACACCGUGAUGGCGCUGCGUAGGGACAGGGCUCCCUUGGCCAAGUCGAUGGGCAAGUCGGCGGGUAAGCCUCGCAAGAAUCGUCCGAAAACCUCCUCGGUGUCGAAUAAGCGAGUGAUGCGUCGAACGAAAUUGAUCGAUGCCAGUCCCCGGCAGGCGGGGGGACGUGGCACGCCCGUACUCUUUCUGGUCAAGGAUGCGCAAGGACAUGCGAUCGCCGGUACCGGAACCGGUAGCAGCCACCGGAAGACUGUCAAGUCUGCAGAGACCCAUAAGCGCCGGAAGGUGUUGAACUAUGCCCGCCAUCGGAUCGAUCAGCGAUUUAUGACGAUGCCGGUGUCACGGGCGCACGAGGGCGUUGACUUCUUCUACAAUCUCGGCCGGAGAGUCCAUCCACCGGCGGCAGCAUUCCCAGCCGGCAGGCAGAUGAGAUUGCAGGGCGGCGCUGGAUAUGGACAUGGCUAUAUCGGUGGUAUGCCUGGCAGAAACGGUGGUGGCGGUGGCGGUGGCGGUGUUAUUGGAGGCGUUGGAGGAUACGGAGUUAAUCUUGGCGGUGGUGGUGUUAAUCUAGGUGGUGCCGGUGUCGGUAACUAUGGAGGUGGCGGAGCAUCUGGCCUCGUUAUGGGCAACGGUGGUCAUGGUCUGGCAUCCAUUGCCGGCGGCGUGGCCACCAGUGGUGUCGGCCUCUCUGCCAAAAAUGUCGAGGUGCCGCUGACGAAUCGCUUGCCCAUCAUUGACUUUAUCUCCACCAACGAGUUCCAUAAUAUGUACGCGCCACGAAAGCAGCGAGCCCGGUCAUUCGUCCGUUAACUGGCUAGCCAGGAGAUUGCCAGGAGAGAGUGGAUUGGAAAAUAUUUUACAAUCGGGCGACAAGGAAUGCUGCGGCACAGCUCACAUUGUAUACUAAUCUGAUGAUGAUGAUGAUGGUUUGUCACAAAUUUCUGUGGAUAACUCUUUUAAAAGCAUA